UGUGUUGACUAACAUAAGUAACGACUUCUCUUCUUGGGCAGUCCUCCAGCAUCAAAAAGCCAGCCUGAUGGAGCAGAGCUGCUUUUGAACAAGCCCCAGUUAGGACUCCGCUUUGGUUUAUGAACUUCGGUGCAUCACACAGAGUUCAGGUUCUUGGUGCUGUUCUGUACUGACUUCUGAUUUACUUGUUAGAAGCUUUCAAGUGCUUCUGAAGCACCAGCAUGUUAACUGACUGCUGAACUGACAAUACAAGCUUUAAUCCACACUGCUUCUUUAGCCUUGUGCCUGAUGAUUGAAGAGCCAAAGAAAGAGCUGAACCUGGCAGAAAACCCCACUGAAGCCGUACAACUGAGCUGACACGUUUUGUAACCGGUGCGUUUCUCAGAAGCAAUAAGAUUAAGUGGAUCAGCUGGUGUACCCUGUGCCUGGUGGAAAGAAGCUUAUUUAAAUUAAGAGGACCAGAGAGUCUGUGCCUCAGUCCAGAAAGAAAAUGAGUUCCACCGAAGACCUUGACUACCCUAAAACCAUCUUGCAAUACAACAGUGGAUUCUUAGUCUCCAAGGUUAUCUUCACUGCCUGUGAGUUGGGGGUGUUUGAUCUGCUGCUGGAGUCAGGAGAGCCUCUGUCUUCAGAUGCCAUUGCCACACGCUUGGGUACCAGCACCACGGGGAUGGAAAGACUGCUGGAUGCCUGCGUGGGACUGAAGCUUUUGGCAGUAGAGCUGACACAAGAAGGAGCCCUCUACAGAAACACAGAAAUUUCUAACAUCUACCUUACAAAAUCAAGUCCCAAGUCUCAGUAUCAUAUUAUCAUGUAUUACUCCAAUACAGUCUACUUGUGCUGGCACUACCUGGCUGAUGCUGUGAGAGAAGGAAAAAACCAAUAUGAAAGAGCUUUUGGAAUUUCAUCCAAAGACCCUUUUGGAGCAAUGUACAGAUCAGAAGAAGAAAUGCUGAAAUUCAUGGCUGGCCAGAACUCAGUGUGGAGUAUAUGUGGCAGAGAUGUUCUUGCUGCAUUUGACCUUUCCUCUUUCACGCAAAUCUAUGACCUGGGAGGAGGUGGAGGAGCUUUGGCCCGGGAGUGUGUUUCUUUGUACCCAAAUUCCACGGUCACAAUUUAUGACCUGCCAAAAGUUGUGCGAGUGGCCAAGGAGCAGUUUGUUCCCCCUGAGGAGUGUCAGAUCGCUUUCCAUGAAGGAGACUUCUUUAACGAUUCAAUUCCAGAAGCUGAACUGUAUAUUUUAUCCAAGAUACUGCAUGAUUGGGAUGAUGACAAAUGCAGGCAACUGCUGGCAAAAGUCUACAAUGCUUGCAAACCUGGCGGUGGGGUGCUGCUAGUUGAAUCGCUUCUGAAUGAAGAUAAAAGCGGGCCUUUAGAAACCCAACUGUAUUCGAUGAAUAUGUUGGUCCAGACUGAAGGAAAAGAGCGAACAGCAGCCGAGUACAGCAAGCUCCUCGAGGCAGCUGGCUUCGGAGAGAUUCAGGUCAAGCGGACUGGAAAACUCUACGAUGCUGUUUUAGGAAGGAAAUAACAGUAUCUCUUUUAUGUACCUAACAAGACAAAAUAAGUGAAGAACUGUGAUAUUCUCUUCUUAGAGAAGAAUCAUCAACUUAGCUUUUAGUUAAGGCAGCCAGCCUUUUUGUAAGCUAAUCCAUUGUCAGGAGAAUCACUGAUGAUAGAUAUUGAGUGUACAUGGAUUGCGAAUCUGGCAGCCUGACUAGGGCUUGCCUUUGGAUCUGGAAGGGAGAGAAAGAAAUUACCUGUUGCUCAGAAAAAAAACCACAAAAGAAGUAUGCAGUGUGACUGCUUCAGAUUUUUUAAUUCUUUCCAAUUGUAACACUGUAUCUGAUAAAAGCAAAGCUGAAUUUGUACUUGAACUCCUGCAAAAUAAAACUGAUCCCUAUUCUGA